UUUUUUACUCUGGAAAUAAAUGGUCAUUGUCUUUCAAGUUUUUCACCAUGGCAAGUUGUAUUCCACUAAAAAUAGAAGAGGCCCAGGCUGUGGGUCAGUGUGGGCAAGCCUUAUUCACAUCUGUGCACAGCAAAUUUGGUUGCACUGUUGUAUUACAUGGAAUGGAUGUAGCCUCCUGGGACAGCAGCACUGCUAAAAAAUCAAAAGUCAUCCCAGAAGAGAGGUACUCCAUUCGUCUCCUCAAGGGCCUCAAGGUAUCCGUGUGGAAAGAUGACCUCACAACUCAUGAAGUUGAUGCUGUGGUGAAUGCCGCCAAUGAGGAUCUCCAGCAUUAUGGGGGACUCGCUCUUGCUCUUGCAGUAGCUGGUGGUCCAGCUAUUCAGAAAGAGAGUGACAGACAUGGGAAGGUACGCACAGGAGAGGCAGUGGUCACAUCAGCUGGUUAUCUGCCAUGCAAGAAGAUCAUUCAUGCUGUAGGUCCAAGAGUGAGCCCGUAUGCCUCUAGUAAGGAGAUUGAUGAAGCUUCCAAAUACUUGGUGAAAGCUAUCGAAAGCAUCCUUAAAAUAGCAGAGAAAGAGAAUCUUCGGUCAGUUGCUAUUCCAGCUAUUAGUUCUGGCCUUUUUCAUUUUCCUUUGGCUCGCUGUGCUGAUAUCAUUGUGGACACACUGAAGAAAUAUGACAGUGGCUAUGGAAAAAAUAAGCUAUCGGAUGUCCGCCUGGUAAACCAUGAUGAACCUACUGUGUCUGAGAUGGUGAGGGCCUGCAAUCAGAUCCAUGGCACUCCUACAACCUCUUACUCUAAGGCAGUAAAGGCACCAGGAAGGAUUUCUGAUAUAUCCCCUGUGAAACUGGGCCAAGUGACUCUGCACAUUGAUAAAGGACAUAUUGAAAAGCAAAAGACAUCGGUCAUCGUGAACACCACCUCUCCUGGACUGGAAUUGUCCAGUGGAGCCGUGACUAAGGCCAUCCUGAAUGGUGCUGGCCAUAAACUUCAACACGAAGUUUCUCAUUACCGUGGGAAUUGUAAGUGGGGCGAUGUACUGAAAACGAACGGACACAAGCUGCAUUCCACAUUUGUGUAUCAUGUGCUUUGUGUACACAAAGGCACACCAGGGCCCAGGACAGCAGAAGAGAUUCUUAGUGAUGUUAUCUCAAAGUGCUUGCGCAUGGCAGAGAGAGAUUUCUGUUCUUCAAUUUCCUUUCCUGCCAUUGGCUGUGGUGAGUUGAAGUUCAGCAAGUCUGAGGUGGCCCAUAUCAUGACAAAAGCAGUGAAAGAUUUUUCCAGUUCAUACAAGGGGCCCUCAAUGGAUGUACACUUUGUGAUAUUCCCUUCAGAAGAGGACACAUUCCAGGCUUUUGCAAAAAAACAUGCAUCUCUGCAGCAAUCAAAGCCUUAUUCCAGCACUUCAUAUAUAGGAAACACUGAAUCUUCAAGGCAUGAGCAAAUAGACAACAUUCCCGCUCCAUCUAUUGAGGUCCGUGGCAAUUGUCUUGAGCACCGGCAUGCUGCCAAGAGAUGGAUAGAUGACAUGGUGAACAUACUCAGAGGCAACAAAACUGACUACAGCUUGAAAAAUAACUACGUCCAACAUUUUGGUCUGCGUGAGCAUAAGGAGCUGCUGUCCCUUCAAACCAAAUUCGAGGUGGGGUUCCAGGUGUUCUUCACUGAUGGACAGGCUGGCAUCAACAUCAUGGGAACCCCUAAAAAUGUCAUCGCUGCAGUGCUGGAAGUGGAGGCCAUGUGCUGUGAGGUACAGAGGGCUCAUGUGCUAGCUGAGGAAGCGGCCAUGCUGUAUCCCCUUGUGCGCUGGAGAUGCAAGGAUUGCCCUCAGCUGGAAAACCCAGAGGUCAAUGCUACACUGGAAAAGGCCUAUCUUGCAGGCAGUAAAGAGUGUAUAAUUGACUCUGACAUCAGUGUCGACCUCUCGUUGAAGGAGGUGAAAACCAAAUACGAAGUGAUAUACAACAUUGAAAGAAUCUGCUUUUUCAAGCAUUACCAAAUGACACAACAAUUUUCAUCUGGAAAAUCAUACUUUGAUCGAAAACUUAAGGAGUUCAGGACUGCAAAGCAGCCAAGAGAGUUUCAGGACGCUGGACUUCAUGUUGUUUGUAUGGAAACAGUUGAAAACUACGCCCUGAUGCAGCACUUCGAGCUGAGCAAAAAGCGCAUCACAGGCGAUCCCAGGCCCCUUUACCAGCGUGUGUCGGCACAGUUUUGCCGGUUGAUCAGCUGGGUGGGCUUUCAGAGAGAGUAUGCCCCACCUGACAAGCAAGCAUUAGGGGAGGGCAUCUACUUCACUGCCAGUGUUAAAUCUGCCAUGCAGUUGUGGAAAGGGAUGAAGGAAGAGGAGUAUGUCUACAUCAUCGCAGCAGAUGUUCUCACUGGAAAAGAUUCCAUUGGAUCACCAGGUUUUAUCGUUCCACCAUCAGUCAGCAGUGAUCCCCUGAUUCGUUGUGACAGUGUGAAAGGAGGCACAGAUACCUGGGUGAUCUUUAAUGGUCACCAGGCUCUGCCAUUGUGCAUUUACACUUGCACAAAAACAAGCAGUUCAUAUAAGUAAAAUAUGUCCAAAACAAAUGGUAAAUUGAAAGCACAAACUCAAACUGCUUAACAACAGUGGAUAGUUCCCAGAUACAAUUUUCACCAUAUGAUGAAUGCGCUAUAGACAUUUUAAAAGGCCUGAAUUAUAUUUAGGAGGUGUUAUUAUUGUUUUCCCUUUAUCUAGCUUUCUCAAUUGAAAUCUUUUCAGUUCAGAAUGUGCGUACACUUGAAAUUAUUGCUUUUCUUGUCAUAACACUAAGACCUUUUCUAGGACUUACGCAAUCAGUUCCCAUAGUUUGAUGUUUAUUAGUGUAGGGUUAAUGAGCGAUGAACAUUUUGCUGGGCACUAGAAUGCCAGUCUACUGAAUUCUAAGAGAAGUGUAAAGAGUUGUUAAUUUGGGAAGGGUUAUGGAAACAUUAGAUUAUUGACAAUAGUGAUGAUUUCUGUUGAUAUGUAAACCUGAUCUAAUCCUGUAAUAAAGUUAAUUGGUUUGACAGAUGAA